ACGACAGCGAUGAGGUGGCACACAUACGCAUCGAACAAAUGAUGGCCGAAAUGAAUGAGUUAACCGAUACUUCGGAUUCAACGACUAAAACCAACACCACUAUAAUAUCACCAGAUAGUACGGAACUUGAACCAACCAUAUUCGAAGAGUUGAUUUUACAAUCACCCACUUCAUCCUCAUCUAUGUAUGCCAUACGUUCUCCCUCGCCACCAUUGCCGGCCCACUUUAAAUAUCCUCUACAUCUAAAGGCUCCAGCUCAAUUUCAUCCAUCUGAUUCGGAAGAAGAGGGUGUUACCCUUACCGAAAUUGUUGAAAUACAUCGAGUACCUUCGGUGGCUCUUAUAACAAUUGAUAAUAAUAAUUUUCAGCCUUCUAACUUGCCACACGAUGUUGAUCACGAUAUGGAAAGUCAAGUGAAUAACAAUAAUACAUCGUGUUCGUUAUCGUCCACUUUAACCGAUAGUAAAACUUUGGAUGUACGUACACCCAUUGUGGUCUAAGAAAAGCAACAACAACAACAAAUAGCAACUACAAUAAAAAGAAAAGUGUUAUAGUCAAUAAUUAAUAUCAUUCAGUGUUGGUUUUGAUGUGUUUACUACAAAAGUUAAAAAAACAGUCUUUUUAAAGUAAAAAGUAAAUGGCAAAAUUAAUUUCUUUAUAGGUUAUGUUUAAAUUUUUUAAGUUAUGUAUGAUUUUUUAAUUAAGAUAUUCUAUAGAUGUUGCUUUUAUUUAUUAAGAUUUUAAUUUACUCAAAAAAAAUGUGUUUCAAAAUUGGGUUUCUAUUGAAUAAUUUGAUUACUUUAAAUAUCGGAUAAAUACGAUUUUUAUAGUAAUGGAAUAUACAAUAGAACUCGAUUUCUAAUAUUUACUAUAAUUUAGUUUGCUGUAAACAUGUAAAACAUGUUUAAGAUUAUUUUAAUUUAUAGAUUUAGUGCUAGAACAUUUAUUUAAGAAUUCUGUAUGUAUUGUAAAUUAGUCAAUUAAUUAUUAGGUUUCUUAAAAAAAAUAAGUUCAUAAUUUUAAUUUAGAGCUAAAAUUGACAUGGGAUUUUAAAUGAUAAUAACACUAGAAUUAUAAACAUAAAUCUGAAGAUAAAUUACAGCAAACGUAAUAGAAUUAUCUCUCGUAUCAAAAUCUUAUUACGAUAACGAGACUAUAGACUGGACCAAAAAUUUGACUAUAGACAAGACUUCAGAAAAUAUUAUAAUCUAGACUAUAUACUAUAAAAUAUACUUUAGUUCAGAAUAAAUACUAAGCCUUAGUCCAGACUAUAGACUAGAUGAUAGUUUAAACUAUAGAACAGACGAUAGUACCGACUAUAGACUAGUCUAUACA